UUUCGGCAUCGUAUCUUAACGUCUUCAGACUUGGAGCAUCGCAAAAGCGAGCCAUCUGAAAAGGUAGCUCAGACCCAACAUAAUCUGCCAUCACUGUCACGCGAGCAUUUUCGACCGCUGUUUCGUUUCAGCACCCCUUGGUACUCGUCCUGUGAUCAAGACUCAAAUAGAAAUUUAAUGGCUGCAGAUUCCUUGCCGACAACCGAUGGAUUCUACAUACAAACUGCAUCUGCUGGACCCUUCGCCGUAAGUGCCAGCAAAACGAUGGGAGAUGACUUGGUGGAAGCUAAUGUCGAGGUCCUAGCGGAUGAUGAACAACCCAUUUCAAGAGCCGUGGCCGGCUCCGAUCCUCCUGGUCUCCUUCAACAGCGCGACUCAUUAAUGUCAUGUCAAGCCUCCUCAUCGGAUGAUGAUGAACAGCCUGGAAAAGAAGUUUCAUUUGAAAGCUCCUCCCUUCCCCAUGCCGAGAAAAGUGCUAAUGAGUCCGAGGAGUUCUGCAAGCCUUUUGAUGUCGCUUUGACAGAAAAUUCAGUGGCUGACAGGUAG